CCUCUGGUGAUCAAAAUCCAAGUACCUCCAAUCGAUCAAUAGCGGUGAAAUUCGAAAUUCAUCAUCUAGUUUCCUUUGUGGAAGUGCAGUGCCGCGAGUUUGUCUGCGGUUGCUCUCGGCGUGCACUAAAUGCUGAAGGAUGGUGGUGGAGCGUCAAGUGUAUAAGGCAAUUAGCGGGGCACCACUAAACCCUGAUGAUAGCCUGCAGGCACGCAGCAAACAACUUGAGCCGUGACAAACACGAUUGCAUAAACAUUUUGCCUAUGUGCUCUUCCAAUUUUGAUGUCCUCAGCUGAUUCGAAAAGCUGUUUUCGGUCGCGCCUUGUCCACGCAAGCUGAAGUGCUCCACCAACACGGCGGAAUGGACGAGUCGGCGGCGAUCGUGUCGGUGGCGUCUACAUGCCCGUGCUGCAACCACGCGCACACGGUUCAGGCGGCGCCUACGCCACCGACGUCCUCCAGUUCAAACCCAGCCAUCCCGAAAUCCUUCCAAGCAAUUCCCCGAAUUCCUGAGAGCGCGAUAACGCCGUCGGCCAGUGCGUCAAACAUCCCCCAACAAGUGCAAUGCAACACGAGGGCCAGUCUGAGUGGCAGUCAAGUGCUGCUUAACAGCAUAACCGGCGGAUUGUUCUCAGGAGAAAGACGCGCAUCGACAGCAUGGGGCAGUCGCUUGGGUUUGAACGAGAGAAGGCCCUCCGGUCUUCUGCAAAUGGGAAAUUGUGGUGCUUGCGGGGAACAAAGGCGCUACUUAAUAAGCAUUUUGCGCGGGGCCCAGCAGCAGCAAACUGUGGUGCGCUCUCCUGUGGUCUUGGAGCCGCCAACACCCAUGACGGCGUUGCAGAAAGCCGGCCCUAAUUCCACCGGCAACAACUCUUCCUCGCUAGUAGCCAGGAGCUCGACGCCACCCCCACCCUUUUAUAACGAGCUGCCCGCAAGGGGUGCGAGAAAGGAGAGGAAAAUCGUUUGCAAAGCGGAAAAGAAGGAUGAUGGUUUUUCCGCAGGACUCUCAGCUUUGUACGCAAAGCUGCUCGUUGUUUUGGGGAUCGCACUGCCUGUUGGAGAAGUUCUUUCCGAUAAAGUCCCUGCCACUUUCGACCAAAUUUUCUACCUCUACCUGUACGCGGGCAGCAUCUUUUUUAUGAUGUACAUGUACGCGACGCUGCUGAGGGAACGCGCCGCCUACUCGAUGGUCAGCUCCUACAGUGUCGACGUUGAGGGAGAUCAACGAGAAAUUUACGUCCGCUCGCAAAGAAAGAGGAGCAUCCCUGUGAUGAGGUACGGAAGCUUCUACUUGCGAGCUAGUGCCAUCGCUUUUGGCAUUGGCAGCAUGAUUUAUUCUGGCUUAGAAGUAUCAAAAUAUUUUGAGCUGGAGUACGAGUGUCGCAACAUCCUUUUAGCUCUGACGCCAGGGACCCGAAUGGUGCUAACCAUCGUGCAAAUCCAAUUCAUUUUCCUCAAUAACAGGAUUGAAAUGGGCAGGUACAAAUUAAUUGCUCGUUUCGGCUUGAUGCACAUGGUGGCCACAAAUUUGUGCGAGUGGCUGUACGUGUUGGUGGAGGAGACCAAGCACGAAAUCCACCUCUUGACGCACAUUUCCCAUAACACAAGCACCUUUUUGACCCGCCACGAUAGGGCAGCCGACCUCACUGGCGAGUGCACGCGCUACAGCAUCUUGGGCUCGCUCGUGGAGAACGCCAGCCCGUACCUCUUCCCCUGCACCAUCGAAUACAGCCUGAUUUGCGCGGUGAUCCUCUAUGAAAUGUGGCACAACGUGCACAAGGUGGUCGCCAGGAAAAAGGAGGAAGGUCGAGACGAUGAGAAAGUUAAUAUGCACCACUUCUCUGUGGACUGCUCAGGAGCCCACAGUGGACUCUUCAGCGGAAUCAUUGUGCUCGUCGUAACUGCCAUCUCUCUCAUCAUGUUCUUCGUGCUCAUUAGAGAGCCUACGCACGCGGAUCUCGCAGUUUUUCAGGUUACCAUGUGUGAGCUCGUAUUGUACGCAUUGACAUCAGUGGCCGUACUCGUGUGCAUGAUUCAGAUGCGUAGCCUGGAGUAUCGGCACGGUCCGCAAGCUUUGGAUUGUGUUCUCAUCGUUGUGGCACAAACGGGCAUGUACGUGUACUGCCUUUUCUCCAUCUUGGGCAGCUACCUCAGCCCCAACGCCCCCGGAGGCGGCUUUCUGGCCGAGCUGGUGUCACUGCUGCAAACAACCUGCCAGACGAUUUUCAUCUUGGACGCGUGGUGGCGGAGGAGCGAAAACCCUGGCCAAGUUCGCAAGAAACCCGGUCGCCAACUGGUCACUUUCCUGCUGGCGGCUAAUUUGGCCAUGUGGACGAUCAACAGCCUGGAGAAGAACAGAGCCGAGUUCAGGCCGACCCACCUCGAGUUUUACGGAGUUUGGGCAUGGACCAUCAUCACACACGUCAGUAUGCCCCUGGCUGUUUACUACCGCUUCCACUCCACCGUUUGUCUCCUCGAAAUUUGGAAGACGGCCUACAAACUCCGGCCGGCAGAGAUCGAGCAUUAAAACUUCCAGGUACCUAUUUUUCACUCUGCAGCAUAAUUGUGAAGAUCAAUAAAUGGUAGAUAAUUCAAUUCGAA